AUGAUUCUGAAAGGGGUUAAACGGGAGACAUUGUAUGUGUUACAAGGGUCUACGUUAUCUGAGUCUGGGGUUGCUACAUUGGUUGUUUGUGAUAGUGUUGAGAAACAGGUGGAGCACAGAGGCACUCUAGGUUGGAGUGGUGGUUCACGUCAGGGAGAAAUCUGUCAACACUCACAAUCUGAAUCUGAAAUUCCGUGUUCUUCGUCAUCAAAGUUGGGUCAGUCAAACUUGACUCCUGGUCAGCAUGAAAUCUUUGGGGACUCUCCCCAAAGGGACGGUUGUGAAGACAUGGGGGGUUUUGCACUGUAUGUCGGAGAGGUUAACAGUCAAUUCAUUCACUGUCUGGUUAAACCUAGGAAUGGAGUGGAGUUUGGAUGUACGUUUGUUUAUGGUUUUAAUGAAGUGAGCAGUAGAAUGGAGUUGUGGGAUGGUUUAAGAGCUAUUUAUAGCUCUGCUGAUAGGCCUUGGGUGUUACUUGGUGAUUUCAAUGCUCUAAGUAACACUGAGGACAGAGUUGGUUCUAUGGUGAGAGAAAAUGAAAUUAGGCCCAUGUUGGAGUGUUUAACCUAUUGCCAAUUGCUGGAUGUGAAAGCUACAGGGAGGCAUUUUACUUGGAACAACAAACAAGAAGGACACAUGAGGGUGCUUUCUAGAAUUGACAGAGUAUUAGCAAGUCAGGAGUGGAUUGAUGAAUUUCAGCAAGCUGAAGUUACUUUCUUACCAGAAGGGGACUAUGACCACACUCCUAUGGUUUUAAAAGUGUAUCCUGAGAUGCAAUGCAAGAAACCAUUUCGAUUUAUGAACAUGUGGUGUAAUCACAAAGCUACAAGUGAGAUUGUAAGGCAGAUCUGGCAACAGUCUAUCAGGGGCUGUGCUAUGUAUAGGGUCAUGCAGAGACUUAGUAGAGUCAAGCUGGAUUUAAAGAAGAUGAAUAAGGAAGGUUUUGGGGAUGUAGAAGCUAACCUGAUCAAUGCCAGACAGCAGCUGUUUAAGGUGCAAGAGGAGUUGCAUCUAAAUGUGAAUGACAGUAGAAUGGCCACUAGAGAGAAACUAGCCCAAGAGGAAUUGCACAGGGCUAAGAGUAAUCACCAGUCUUAUCUUAGACAAAAGUCUAAAAUUACAUGGCUCAGCAAGGGGAUGAGAAUACUAGGGUUUUUUACAGGCUCUGAAGACCAGGCAAGUACCAUAAUAAAGUGCACACCAUUCAAGGGAUGCGUGGGGAUUGGGUCAAACCAUGAACAAGUUGAGAAGGCAUUCCUAGAAUACUACAAAGAUCUCUUCUCUUGCAAAGAGCAGAAGCAGAAAGUAUUUCCUAUGCUCAUGAAUAAAGGAAAGCUGUUAAAUGAGCAGCACUAUCAGAUCAUCAAUGCAGCUAUUACAAGGGAAGAUGUGAAGAGGGUAAUGUACAGUAUUCCAGAUGAGAAGUCACCAGGGGCGAUGGCUUCAACAGCAAGUUCUUCAAACAUUGCUGGGAGAUUGUAG